UGAGGUGAAUGCUACGUGUGACUGCGUUGGUGCAUGAUGAGUCUGAGGGCCGCAAUAGGUGUAAUUAAUGAGGAGGACAGAUGGAAUAUUUGUUACUAGAAAUCUGGUAAAGGGCGGGCCGAUUUAUUUUCAGAGAGGGAGCCAGGGAGGGACUGAUUUGUUUGCGAUACAUCGAGAGUGAUGAGGACGGUGACGACUGAUGAGGCCAACAACGGCGGAAACAACUUGACGAACGGCGGCUUUGAGAAGAGCUUCACGUCUAGAUUUUCAUCUCUGUUGGCUUCUAGAGAUCGUGAUUAUCUUCUCUCACCAACAGGGACUCAGGUGAAAGUAUCUGAUCUUGAAGGAAAGAUCUUAGGCCUUUAUUUCUCUGCCAAUUGGUACUCUCCAUGUAGAAGUUUCACUCAGCUACUAGCCAGUGUUUAUGAGCAACUGAAGAGCAAAGGGUCUGAAUUUGAGAUCGUUUUUGUGUCAUCCGAUGAAGAUUUGGAAGCCUUCAAUAAUUACCGUUCGUGCAUGCCAUGGCUGUCUGUUCCAUUUUCUGAUUUGGAGUCAAAGAAAGCCUUGAACCGGAAAUUCGAGGUUGAAGGCAUUCCUUGCUUGAUUAUUUUGCACCCUGGUGAUAACAAGGAUGAAGCCACAUUGUAUGAUGGAGUCGAACUCAUUUAUCGGUAUGGGGACCAAGCCUUCCCUUUUACUAAGGAGAAGUUGGAGGAAUUGCAUAGGGAGGAGGAAUUGAAACAUGAGAACCAGACAUUAACCACUCUACUCACUAACCAUGAUAGAGACUAUCUUUUGGGUCAUCCCCCAACUAAUCAGGUUCCUAUUGAUUCCUUGAUAGGGAAGACGGUUGGACUCUACUUCUCGGGGCAAUGGUGCCUUCCCUGCUUGAAGUUUACUCCCAAACUGAUAUCAAUCUACCACAAAAUCAAACAAUUGCUGGAAGAACAAGGAGGUGAGGAUUUCGAAAUAGUCUUCGUCUCUAAUGACCGUGAUGAGGAUUCAUUCGAGUCCUACUUUGGUUCGAUGCCAUGGCUAUCACUUCCUUUUGGGGACGCUGCUAUUAAAGGUCUAUAUAAGUACUUUGAUGUGCAGGGGAUCCCCUGUUUGGUAAUCAUAGGCGCUGAUGGCAAAACUGUUACCAAACUGGGGAGGAAUCUUAUAAAUUUGUAUCAGGAAAAUGCAUAUCCUUUUACCGAGGCCAAGCUGCAGCUGCUAAGGAAAGAGAUGGACGAGGCGGCGAAGAACUUACCAAAGUUUGCGUAUCAUGAAGGGCAUAGGCAUGAACUUACAUUGGUAUCGGAGGGCACUGGAGGAGGGCCCUUCAUAUGCUGUGACUGUGACGAGCAGGGGUCUGGUUGGGCUUACCAGUGUCUUGAAUGUGGGUACGAGGUGCACCCCAAGUGUGUAAGAGCUGUGGGUAAUGGCGCCUCGGUUUAGAGCUGACUCAAUACUACUCAGAAGUGUAUUGAGAUCCACUCCUUGGUAACUAAUAUAAAUCAAAGUGUUAUUAUAUUUGAUGUCAAGACAUUACAUCUAAUUAUCUAAUGUUGUAUGCUACUGUUGGCUUACCCAAAAAAAAAAAAAAAAUCGUUUGCUACU